UCCGAGGAGCAUCAGCCAAUGCCCCUUAUAGUUCCAAUUUUGGAUGAAGUCUGUAUUGUCAUUAAAAUAAAGGCAGAGUGGGUUCAAAGGUUUAGUGCUCAAGAGCAUAUAAUUGUACUCUACAUGAAAAUUGCUAUCUACUGGCUAGAUGGGCUAUGUGCACUCUGUCAGACCACCUACUAGGAAGAUGAGUAAUGUCUUACUGGGCAUUUGACCACUGAUGUGGCACCGGGCACUAGCAUACAUCGGUAACUUUUUUCCUUCUCAAUAUUGAGUUUGUUACAGUAGCUUGCAGAUACCAAGUUAAUCAUUUCAAUGACUGAAAUAAAGCUCUCUUGUGGACCUCUGUAUUGCCUUUGUUUCUGGUGCAUGCACUAGAUUUGACACUUUUAAAGGCUGAGGAAAUUCAUUAGAAAAUGUCAGCAUCUUCAAAUUGGAAUGGGAGCAUAAUUUUUUGCAAGUGUCAAAGCGACCACUUAAAAUUUAAAGCAGUUUCCAAGAAACAUUUUCAGAAUUUAAUGGUUUUUAUGUUGAGUGUAAUCAUGUAGUGAAAUCAGGCUUUGAAAUGUUAAAUCUUGAAGCUUGUUAUGUAGAACAUGUAGAGGUAGUCACAUGAGUUUUCUUUUCCUAGACAAGACCAGUAAACAAAUUCCUAGCUUCUCAGAAUCAUAUGUUCCAUGUUGCCUAGCAACAGGGGUGAAUGUUGCACUUUCACUGAGAUUCUAGAAGGCGCUUUUGAAGGUUCUUAGUUUAGCUGAGGGGAGCCUCUGCAUGUGUGUGUUGAGAGCUGUAUGCCAGGAAGGUUGAUACUUGACACACUGAAAAAGCUGGUUCGUUUGAAAGGGUUUGUAACGAAUCUCCAAAGAUAACCACAUCACUUUAUGAGACUUGUAAUGAAGUACAGAUGGAGACUGUUUGGCAAUGCACUGUUACCAGAGAAGUUUCCAGAGUCAGUCGAGUAGAACACCAUUGUGAAAAGAUAAAAUACAUAAUUCAUGCAACCUGACAUAUAGCAAUCAAAUAUUGACCACUGACCCUUAAAUGCCAUGCUAUGCAAUAUAAUUGCAAGCUAAUAAGGGAACUAGUAUUUCCUCCUUUAAAUCCCUAACGUCAGGCUUGUUGGUGUGUCUAUAUUUAGCCCUCCACAGGGCCAACUUGUUUAAAAAAUUGAUCGACGUUGGAACUGCUGCUAUAGUAACAGUCACAGUUAAGCGGUGGUCAGGUGUCACUGGAACCCAGACAGCGAACAAACGAUCAAUACGGUGCAAGAGCAGAACAGGGCCACAUGGAAAAUUAUUAGUAUCGCUUCCCUCAGCGACAUGACCGGAAGAGGAGGUAUAAUGGCACAGGAAAAUAAUAUGAAGAGGGACGUCACAGGGCGUGGAAGCUGGUGGCUGGAAACAUUGAAAGACACACCCAUCCCGGGUCACUAUCCCAUCAGGAACUUUCUGGAAGAAGCAGCGCUGAACCCUGUGAGGAGGACCUAUGGCUUCAAGGCCCCGGGCAGGGAAGCCCGCAAUGUUUGGCCGCGCCGGGGGGAAAUGCUGCUUCCAGGGGCCUACAACUACACGGACACCAUCCAGGAGGGCCUCAAGCGCCAGGCCUCCUGCUCGUUUAGGAGCUGCCCCCGCUCACACAACCUCACCCUUGGCAUCAGGGACAAGGAUAUAAAGACGUCUCCAUGUGACAACAAUCUGAUGGAGAAGCCCGUGGAGAAGACUCCUUGCAAGCAUGUGAUGUUUCGGUCUUCAGUGCAGCGGAUCAGCUUUCCGCCAAAGGAGGGGCCAGCUCCGGGCUGCUACAACCUGCAGGCUGCCGCACCCACCAAAGGAAUCACUUCCAGUUUUAAGUCAAGACUGCCACGGCUACACAGCGUACACUCAAGAACCCCAGGUCCGGGGUCUUACCUGCUUCCCUGGCAGUUGGGCCCACACCCUAACAUCGAAACCAUGCCGACCCCAGGUCAAGGCCUCUUCUUCAGAGACUUAUUUUAGGUCGACAAACACAAUACACCUCAACAGCUCAGCGACCUCGCCUGUAUGCAAGGCCUUCCCCUGAAUAAAACCAUUGUGACCA